GAUGUCUUCUAAUGUAAGUUCCUUUGAUGAAUUGAACGGUACCAAACUGCAGCGCAAGGAAGCUCCUUCUUGAUCUUGGAAAUACCAUUUUCUCUUGAUGCCGAUUAAGAGCUAUGUGAAGUGUCAAAGGUCCCUGAGUCACCAGACAUCAAGAUGUCAGACAGUGACGGAGACGUUGUGGUUGCCGAGGAGGCAACCCCUGAGAGCCUUGUAGAUCAACCAAAUUCUCAUCACUCAAACAAUCCCAAUACCAGUACUACCCAAUCCUGCCAGUCCAUCCAAGAAAAUGGCGCCCUCUCAGUUGAGAGGACAGACAAUCAGGGUUCCUCUUCAGCUGCUGCUGAUGUCACAUCAAUCAGUCACAGUGCUGAAGUCAAUAAACAAAGUACUACUCACGUGUCUACAGGGACAGUUAGGAAUAUCCAUGACUCAAAUGGUGAUGGUACUCUAGGGCAGGGAGCUGGAUCUUCUCCUUGUCAAAGCGGUGCCAUCAGUUCUACACUUUGUGCAACCAACUGUGCCGAAAACAGUACUUCACCUUCUGCAGGGUUAGUCGCUUCUGGAGCAGGGAGACCUUGUAGUACUUCUACACCUCUGGCAGCUGGAGGCCAGAGGUAUCCGAGCCAGCUCACAAGGAAUUAUAAUCAGGAUAGGGAACAUUUUGAACGAGAAGAAGAAGAGAAUUGGGAAGAGGUUGCUGAAGGGAUGGGUAACGUGGCAGGAUCCAUCCUGGGCUACUCGCCUCUGGUCUUUGAAAACAAUGAGGAAGGAGGGGAUGAACAAUUAGAUGAACUCUAUGUGCCUAUCAGUGGAUACGAGGUCAUGGAACAAAGGGCGAAGUUCACUGUUUUCAAAUUAAAUGUGCAGAAAACAGCAACUGAAGGAUAUUUCAUCUUCCGGAGAUACACAGAUUUCACAAGACUAAAUAUGAAGCUGAAGAUUCUCUACCCAUGUUUCCGCCUGGCCUUGCCUCCUAAGCGAUGGUUUGGUAAUAACUUUGACCCCAUCUUUCUGGAAGAUCGCAUGCUGGGUCUCCAAGCCUUUCUUAACAAUAUCACCGGUCACAAAGAGAUUAGGAAGAGUGCACCAGUCAAAGAGUUCCUGUGUCUGAAUGAUCCACCCGGACCUCAUGACAGUCUGGAAGAGAGCAGGGUCAUGGUAGAAUCUUUGGGAAGAAGUUGCAUAUAA